AUGUCAUCCGAGGAGGAGGGGAGCACGGGCCCCGAAGACAACGAGGGAACUUUGGGUCUGCAAAAGGAGAUCGCAGACCUGAAGAGCGAAAGAGCGGCCAUGGCACAGCAGCUAGAGUGCCAGCAGCUGCUCAUCAAGCAACUGCAACAGCAGUUGGCGUCGUUGGAAGAGAUGGUCCGCUCUGGGCCUGCAGCAGUGCAGCAACAACAGGAACCGCAACAUCGACAGCAGCAACAACAUCAACAAAAUCAUCAGCAACCACAUCAACAACAACAGCAGGAGCACCAGGAAAAUAUUGAAAUGGACAGCGUGGGAUCCCCUGCAGCCUACCCAGAAGUCAUCAUUGACGAAGGAGACCCCUUUAACUUUGUCCGGAGCCGGAAAAAUUAUAAGAAAAGUAAGAUUGUUCUUCUGAUUUUAAUGACAACUGCUUUGAGUCAGAGUUUUGUAUCUAACCCAGAUGAUAAUUAUGUUAGUUCAAAUGCAUACACACUUGUUUUAGAAUAA